AUGGAUUCAGAUAAUGAUUCAGGCAAUUCGAACGACGCUCCAGUCCCCCGUCGCUGUACACGAGGUACUCGUGCGCCACCUUCGACUUUACCACGUCUAUCAGUAGGAAAUCAGAACAAAAACAAAACUUCCAACGAUCACAGUUACCAUCCAAAUGAAGAAGACAGACCAUAUUCCGACGAUGAUGAAGACGAUGACGAUGAUGAAGAUCAACACCAAUCAUCGUAUCGUGGUCGCGGUCGACCAUCCCAACAACAAAGUUUAAUGGAUAGUUCCUAUGAUGACGGAAAUGAUCAUCAUAAUUUACCAAGAUAUACAGGUCCUUUACGAGAACAAGAUCGAUUCUUACCAAUUGCAAAUAUUGCUAAAAUCAUGAAAAAAGGUGUUCCAGACAAAGNUAAUUGA